AUGAUUAGUUUGGAUGACGCUAACUUCAAUGUUGAACAUGGAUAUUUGGAAGGACUUGUUCGUGGAUUUCGUGGUGGAAUCUUGACCCCAGCCGAUUACGCUAAUCUGGUACAAUGUGAUACUCUAGAAGAUCUGAAGCUUCAUUUGCAGUCCACCGAUUAUGGAAAUUUUCUGGCGAACGAAGCUGGUCCUGUAACCGUUAGCGUGAUCGAAGAAAAGUUGAGGGACAAAUUGGUGGUGGAGUUCCAGCAUUUCAGAAAUAAUAGCAUCAAACCGUUGUCGACAUUUCUUGACUACAUUACGUAUUCCUAUAUGAUAGAUAACAUUGUGCUUCUUAUCACCGGCACAAUUCAUCAGCGUCCUAUCUCCGAGCUUGUUUCCAAGUGCCAUCCACUUGGUUCUUUCGAACAGAUGGAAGCGAUUCACAUUGCUUCCACUCCUGCCGAAUUGUACAACGCCGUUCUGGUUGAUACGCCUUUAGCACCUUACUUUGUUGGGUGCGUUUCCGAACAAGACCUUGAUGAAAUGAACAUCGAAAUUAUUCGAAACACGCUCUACAAGGCAUACUUAGAAGAUUUUUACAAGUUUUGUCAGAAGUUAGGUGGCUACACCAGCGAAGUAAUGAGUGAAAUAUUGGCUUUUGAGGCCGAUCGUCGUGCAAUCAUUAUUACGAUCAACUCGUUUGAUACUGAACUGUCGAAGGACGACCGUGAGAAACUUUAUCCGACAUGUGGAAAGCUCUAUCCUGACGGUCUGGCUCAUCUUGCCAGGGCGGAUGACUACGAUCAAGUCCGUCAGAUUUGUGAAUGCUACUUGGACUACAAGUCAUUGUUUAGCGGAGCUGGCAUUGGUACAGGAGAAAAGACUCUGGAGGAUAAAUUUUUCGAAUAUGAGGUAAAGCUCAACGUUCGAGCAUACAUGAUGCAGUUUCAUUUCGGCAUCUUUUACGCUUACGUGAAGUUGAAGGAACAGGAAAUGCGGAACAUAAUUUGGAUUGCCGAGUGCAUCUCCCAACGUCACCGCGCCAAAAUUGACAAUUACAUUCCAAUCGUAUAA